UCGUGACAAACAGCCAAGCCGAACGAAGAAGAGAGCGAGACGGCGGCUACAAACGGAUCCGGACAUCGGUGCCAAUCUCCUGCCGACACCGUGACGUGUCUGCGUGAGACCCCGAGUGGAAGUUAACCAUGGAGACAAGACAACAAGAUGGAGAACAGCUUUCAGGUUUUCUUGACUCUGAGCCUCUGAGGGAAGCGGACGAGCACACGACGUCGGACGGCAACCUCAGCAACUCCAUCGUGACUGAGGAGGAAAGGGAGGAGAUCCAACUGGAGUUAGCCAAACUGGAGGAUGAGAUCAGCACACUGAGGCAGGUGUUGGCGUCCAAAGAGAAGCAACACACGGAGCUGAAGCACAAACUGGGCAUCACUCCUCUCAGCGAGCUACGCAGCAAUUUCAGUCGAGGCUGGCUCGACAUGCAGAGCUCCACCGCGUACAAGCGAACGUCGGAGACGCUGAGCUCGGCCGGACAGAAGACCACGGCGGCCUUCAGCACGCUCGGCAGCGCCAUCAACAGGAAGUUUGGAGACAUGAGGUCUGGCUCUAUAGGCUACUCCAUCUCGCACUCUAUGAGCAUGCCUGCCAUGAGAAACUCUCCCAGCUUUAGGUCUUUUGAGGAGAAAGUUGAGAGUACAGUGACCAACAUCAAGACUAAAGUUGGAGGUCCCGGGGCAGGAGGAAGCUUCGAGGACGUCCUCUCCUCCGCGGCCAAGGCCAGCUCUCAGGACACGCCCACUAACAACUUGACGGACGCUCCUGAGAGGCCGUACCACGACCAGCUGAAGCACAUCGGGAUGCUGGAAACAACCUGCAAGGACACAAAGUGAUUGAGUGCCGCUGUCGUAUUUCCUCUUCUCGUUCUGUCCGCUUGAAAAAAUAAACACCUCAUCUCAAAUAAA